AACUAUCUGCGCGCGCUCUCCCGCUCUCUCCCUCUCGCGAACACUUGCCGACCUCCUUUGUCCACUUCUCUUACCCACGGCUAUUGCGCAACACUCUAUACGCCAUGUUCACCCUCAACGCAAACGCUCCGAGCUUCGUGCCAAGCAACCCAGUUCACCAGCAGAUGGUCCGACCCAUCUUCAACUCGGGCGUUCCUUCGUGUGUGCUAAUCCUGGACAGCGACGAGUACCGCUCGGAGUUCCUGAUCAACACCUUCAACCGCGAGGCAGUGGCCGAUGAGGACCUGUUUAAUCCGGCGGUGUACCCUGUCUCGGCGGCAGACCACGAAGAGCUAGCGGCUGCUGAGAAUUUCAACAGAGAGAUGGCCGAGCUUGAAGCGCUCGAGCACCAGGAGGAGCUGAGGUCGCUGCUUCAAACCCGGAUUUCGGCUCUCCAACAAGGAACAAGCGGCAACCAACGGCCGGCAAAGAUCGCUUCCUUGAACAGCGCCAUGUUCUCGGGGCUAUCCAGAGGUGCACCGGCAUCGGAACUGAAGGGAAAGCGCUUCAACCCCGCCAAGAAGUGCCCUCACAACAUCAACCAGCCGCUUGAAGCAGGACGCUAUUACUAACGGCAGCAGCUCGAAGGCCACCCGAUGAUGUAUAUCUUCUCUCGAGAGAGAGGAAAGUAAGUAUAAUGCGUAAUGCUAGUGGUGUAUCCUGCGGCGCACCGGUCGUCGCUCCCUCGUAAAAUACAGUAGUAGCUGAGGUUUUCCGCACCGACUCGAUAUGGGCGGAUGUUUUCGAAGUGAUUCGUCACAGGAAGUGCUUCGUUCAGUAUCAGAAAGACAGGGCGAAGUUCUUGCUUGGGGACUGUCCUGUCUGCGUUGCCCCCUCAGCCCCCCGCCGUCUACCGAACGCAUUGUAGUGGCGUGGCAUGGCAUGGCAUGGCAUGGCAGCGACGGACGUGGAGGUUAGGUUAGGCUAGUUUACUUUGGUGCGGUGCCGUGUGCCGUGGUCGAAUUACCCAUGCCUGAAUGCCUGAAUGCCCGAAUGCCUGAAUGAAUGGGCCGUCGGUGGUGACGGUGUAGAUUGUAUUUCCAAAUUACCAGUACCACAAAAAGGGUGGAUGGAGAGGGGAGCGGACUGGCGACACUAGUUAUCAAUGCAGCACAACGCAUUUGGAACUAAGUGGCCGCAGGAAACAACACUGAAGUACGCAGGGGGUGUUGAUAAGGAUAAGGAGGGUAACGAUGAUGGGGUUAUGGUGAGCAUUGAGCAUGUGAUCAUAAGAUGAGACGGACCAAAGUAAAUAUAAAAGACAAAGGACGGGGCAUGACAUGGGAGGGACAGGGGUGGAGUAAGAGGCUGCAGAUAUGUAUGUGUGGACAUGGUGCUGUUGGCCAAUUCAGGAGUAUUAUUCAUGUCAUUUACUGCAGUGAAGGUGAAGAAGGGAGAUGGCGCGGGAAAAAUAUACCCGCCCUUAUCCCAAUGAUCCCAAUACCUAUCGUGACUGUUCCCAGUGUUGGUCAAGCCAAGAUGGGGGUGGGAAAGAAGGCUACUAGACACACAAGGACCACGGUAACGGCUUGUUUCCUUGCUGUAUAUCGGUUGCUAGACGGCAAGGAAAGAUGUCUGUACGGUCGUGGAUUGUUGCUCUCCCGAAGAGGUAUCUAUCUGUCAAGACGUCGCUUUUGUGAUGGCUCAAGAGUCGCAAGCAUCAGUGAUUGGCGCUAUCCUUACUGUACGCGUAGAUACCUUAAAUUUUUAGGGUUGUACCGAUGAGACAGCAGCGUAAAAUGACCCUUGCUGCUUUCUCCUCAUCGAGAGAGAUGCGCACGAAGAAUGUCGAGUCAAGUGCGAUAGUCUAUGCAUACAAAAGGCGAAACAUGUGAAACCCAUGAUGUUGCGAUAUGCCUGUUCUUAAAAGUACGGUUAGAUGUGUAGCUGUCGGUGUUGUUCUGUCUGUAGACACGUGUGUGUGGAGUUUCGAGUAUGGCUUUGACUGUUCCGGGAUAUCCUGGUAUCUCAAGGUCCACUGUGUGUUGCUGGCUUGGCUAGCUCAGUGAUAGAUAGUGGCACAGAGUGCGAAGGGUACGGUUCGAUAUC